AUUGAUGUUGUAAAUGAAGAAGGUCAUCAUUUCGCUGCUGAUCCACGCAUUUCCAUUUAUCCCGAUGAUAGCCCUGUAUUUUUGGUUUUCUCGAAGCCAUCGUUGCAGAAUAUUACGGAUUUUAGUAAGCCGGAAUCAAUACUUACACUGUUUCUCAGCUAUCGUCCUCUAAUUGGAACAACGAAUUUGACAAUUGCUGGUGAUAUUGCACUUCUUGACGGCAGCAGGCAACUGUUUGUGGUACCUUAUCGAGGUAUUUAUACAACUUCCGCUGUAUUUGAUUUUCACAUCACGGUACGGGAUGAACUGAGUGCCCGGGAUCCGGCACAUUUUGUUGAUGAUGCGCAAAUAAUUUUG